CGUCGGAACAUUCGCUUUAACUUUGCGGAAUUGAUCGGUCGGCAUUACGGAGUUAUAUAUAUUUUUUUAAAUAGUCUCAGUCUGUAUAUCAACGGAGAAAUACAGACCUACAUGCACCAAAGUACCAUCUGCUGACAGUUAUUUCUGUAGUUUACUAGUUAAUCUUUUACUACGGUAGAUAGCUGCAAAAUGAAUCGCAAUUUGACGAUUAUCGGCAUUUAUUUGCUUCUCCUCUCGAUUACAAAAACACAAGCUCAACCUGAAAAAAGUUUUGAUGAUAUGUUAAAUGAAAUAUUUUCACAAUCUCAACCAUCAACACCACGACCACAACCUAAAGCAACCACGUUAAAUCCGAAUCAAAAAAUUGGUGGUGGAAAAGUUUGUGGUGUAAAUAAAGAGUGUAUUGAGCGUUUUCUUUGCGAUGCAAAAGGGGCGGUGGUAAGAAGUGGUGAAAACGUCAUCGAUAUACGAGGGAAUUUCGAAAAUCCAUGUGACUAUUUGGAAGUAUGCUGUAGUAUAGACGAUCAGAUAACGGAACCGAACAUACCAAUCCAACCAGCCGACAGACACGAAGGUUGUGGUUAUCGUAAUCCAACUGGUGUAGGUUUCAGAAUUACUGGCGACAAAGACGGCGAGUCAGAGUUUGGUGAAUUCCCUUGGAUGGUGGGCAUUCUGCGUGAUGAAGUAAUUGGGGGCGAGUUGUUAAAAGUGUACGAAUGUGGUGGAUCUGUAAUUGCACCAAAUGUUGUCCUGACAGCUGCACAUUGUGCGCAAAAUAUUGAGCCUCACCUAUUAGUAGCACGUGCCGGAGAGUGGGACACACAAACCAAACAGGAGGUGUUGCCACAUCAAGAUGCACGUGUCAAAGAGAUCAUCCGUCACGAGAACUACAACAAGCGCACACUCUUCAACGACAUAGCGCUAUUCAUUUUGGAAACACCUUUCAUUUGGCAGGAAAAUGUACGUCCCAUCUGUUUGCCUGAACCGGACGUCAAUUUCGACUAUUCACGUUGUUAUGUCUCUGGUUGGGGCAGAGACAAGUUUGGUAAAGAGGGUACACCACAGGUUAUUUUAAAAAAGAUCGAUUUACCAGUGGUGCCACGCGCUACUUGCCAAGCAAAUCUUCGUAAAACACGUGUGGGACGAUUUUUCCUUUUAGAUCAGAGUUUCAUUUGUGCCGGUGGCGAAGAAGGCAAGGAUGCAUGCAAAGGUGAUGGCGGCUCACCAUUGGUGUGCCCCGAUCCGAAUAACCCGAAACGUUACUAUCAAGCUGGUAUUGUGGCUUGGGGUAUUGGUUGUGGUGCUGCAAAUGUGCCAGGAGUCUAUGCAAGUGUGCCGUAUCUCCGCAAUUGGAUCAACGAAAAGCUUUCUGUACGAGGCGUUAACUUUAGGCAUUUCACGGUUUAAGAAAUAAUAUACAUCCAUAUUUUUAAAAAUGUGCUUAAUUGUACAGUUUAAAAAUACAAAUAUAUAAAUGUAUAACUAUCA